AUGGCUUCUUCUCCAGUCUAUGAUCUCGAGCACGAUGGUGCCCGCGAUGUCGAAUCCGGUUAUGUUAGCGGCAGCUCUAGCCAAGCAGGCAUCCCAGAAAUAUACCUCACAAAACCACAUCUAGCAUUCUUGAAUCGUCAAUUACAGAAUCUUGAGCCACAGGAAAUAUUACAAUGGUGCAUCACGACUCUACCCUCACUCUUCCAAGAGACUGCCUUUGGUCUCACUGGCCUUACGACCCUCGACAUGCUGUCCAAGAUGAAAAUACCGAGACCACAAAUGGUUGAUCUUCUUUUCUUCAACACACUCCACCACUUUCCCGAAACCUUAAGCCUCAUCGACCGCAUCAGAGAACGAUACCCGCUUGUCACCCUCCACGUUCGCAAGCCCUCCGGUUCUGAUACCGCGGAAGAGUUCGCUCGGCAACACGGUGAAAGGCUAUGGGAAACCAAUGAUGAGCUAUACGAUUGGCUAGCGAAGGUCGAACCUGCGCAACGUGCUUAUAGGGAACUGCAAGUCGGUGCUGUUUUGACAGGGCGUCGGCGUAGUCAAGGAGGCAAGCGUGGCGACAUCGACGUAAUUGAAGUUGACGAAGCUGGCCUCGUCAAAGUGAACCCUUUCGCAAACUGGUCUUUCGAGCAAGUGCAAGACUAUAUCAAGGCCAACGAUGUUCCCUACAACGAGCUACUGGACCGUGGCUACAAGAGUGUUGGUGACUGGCAUUCGACAAAGCCGGUCAAAACAGGAGAAAGCGAGCGCGCCGGACGGUGGCAGGGUCAACAGAAGACUGAGUGCGGUAUUCAUAACCCACGGUCCAAGUUUGCCCAAUUCUUGAAAGAACAAGAGAUGAAGAAGCAGCAGGAGGCAUUGCACCAAGCUUUGGAAUCCGGAUUGGAGAUUGAAUCAUGA